AAUUUCCAUCCGUGGAAUCUGGACGAGUUUGGAUCAGAGGAGACAACCAAACACCGGCCGGCAUGUAUGGAAGAUGAAUCUGAACCGUCAUCUCGUCCUCGAUGGAUCCCGGCGACAUUGCUCGCGACCGGCACCCUGCUCACAGUAGCCCCACUGAUAUACCUUUGGCGAGCCAAACGAACAAAAGCCGUCAGUUUGAACACGGCUGCUCCACCCCCGCGACGACUCGGCUCUCUUGCCAACGCUCUCCCAUCCAGAGCACCAUCGUCCGGUUCCGCAAGCACUAUACCACAGACAACUGACAAGGACACCCUUCUUUCGCGUUUCGCUGUGGUUUCUCCCUGGUCCGACAACGCCACAAUACCCUCCGGCAGUCAGCCUCCCAGAUACUCGUCCUCGUACUCCGUCUCUUCUGCGUGGAAAGACGAUGAUGACGAUGACUGGGGGGUCCGACCAGGGCCCGUCGACCCGAACGACAACUUCAAUGGCACCUUAUACACGCUCCAAGCAUUCGGCGCAGCGACACUCAUCGUAACAGCGCUAGGUAUCGGCGGAGUCUGGGGCUUGGUGCGGUAUUUGGAGGUGGACAACAUGCACGAUUUCGGCCAUAAAAUGCGCCUCGAGGUCAUGGACAGAAUGCCCUUCCUCGCGGCGCGUAUGCGGAACGCACUAAAUCUCUCAACAAACGAAAGCAAGACGGAACCCAAGCCGUGGUCUUACGACGAAUCGCAGGACCGCCUAUCCGACGCAUUUGACAAGGGCGGUGUCUCCGCAUGGGCCACGGCAUUUGUUCAAGAGCAUGACCAUACACAUAUUUUAGAAAGUGAUCCAUUUGUCACCUGGCCAGAUCUCGUUUGGACCAAUUUGGUGAUGCGUACUAUGUCUGACUCUCAGCCUCAGCAAGAGACCGAGACCUCCCAACCAUCACCGCCUAUACAAUUCAUAAUCUCCGGACAUACCGCUCAAGUUGCGAGCCACUGGCAGCCAGAUGGUGAUCCAUGUCCCUUUGACCCCGAAGACACUCGCGAUGACGAUGAUGACAACUUUUCAUUGAGACUACACAUUCCCCUAGACAUAAUCCGAAAUCUUUGCUUGAAGCCAGCCAAAUUUCUCCGCUUCCUUGGCUACUGCAUUCUUGGCCUCCUCGGCGUAGUCAAAUCUUCUCUCCACGGGCCUCCGUUAGAUGACGAUGCUGAGCUUGAGGCGGGAGCAACUUAUUACUUCAGGAGACCCAGAGGAAAAUUUCAUCUUGGGGCAAUUAUUGACCUCAUAUUGCUCAAAAGGCCCAGCUCUGCAUCUUCCUCCAGCGUUUGUGGGAGCAUUGAAAACCGAGACCCAUUUUGCAUCUUCAGUGGCAGUGGACUAUAUACAUGUGAAACGGCUCACAUCAUCCCUUUCUCAAAAGCACUGUUCCUUGAUUGCAUCAUACGCACCCGUCUCUCUAGCACCGAAAGCUUAGCGGGCAUGGCCAUCGACGACGUUCGCAAUGCUUUCAUGGUGUCCGCCUCGUAUCAUCGGAGCUUCGACAACAAAGCUUUAGCUGUGAUGAAGACACCCAACCUCGUCCUUGGUGUUGAAGACAUUCCCAUUUCUCCGCCCCACUCCCGGCCGCGUGACGGGAUAGAAUAUCCGUCCCACGAGCGCUAUACCGCCCAAUGGCUUGUUUAUGACCCAGAUUCAAAUAAUGAACUGCCCAAAGCUAUGGAUGCUAUGUUCAAUGCCACUUCCACGCUGGACAAACCUUCCCAAAUUCUCCUUGACUACAAUUAUGGAGUCGCUGCUUUGGCGCGCUGGUUGGUGAAAGAGGACACGCAUCUGCUGAACGUGAACAGUCCUAACCAGCGUGGUGCUCUCGGUCUCCCUUCUCGGCCUAUUUCUCCUUCCCCUGCCCCACUUGGUCCGCAACGCAGCCGACGAACCAGUCCUCAACACCAAGCUGCGAUUGACAAACGUAAUGCCUGGGCUGCGAGGAUUGAAGAAGCGGAAAACAUCGUCUUCAGGCUCUGGAUGGGCAGUCAUCCUGAAGUAGCUGCCCAAAUUCAUCAAGAACAUGAGGAUGGUGCGGAGCGGUUGGAGCAAUGGCGUCUCGGUGUGAACACUGGCAGUUCAAGUUGUGUUGCAAAUGCUGACGUAAGCUACACUGGAUUACCGUUGAGUCCGGUGGACUAG